GUGUAAGAAAUCCUUUAUUCACAAGGCCACUCUGAAGAGACAUCUCCGUGUGCACAGUGGGGAACGUCCAUACUCUUGUAAUGUGUGUAAGAAAUCGUUUGGUCAACAAUGUCAUCUUAAUAGACAUGUGCGUGUGCACAGUGGAGAACAUCCCUACCCUUGCAGUGUGUGUAGGAAAUGCUUUCGUGACAACAGUGCGCUCAAUAAACACAUGCGUGUGCAUGAUGGUGAACGUCCAUACCCUUGCAAUGUGUGCAAAAAAUCCUUUAAAGAUGUCACUACUCUUUGUAGACAUCUAUGGGUGCAUGGUGGGGAACGUCCCUACCCUUGCAGUCUGUGUAAUAAAGCGUUCUGUGACAACAGUACUCUGAACAAACAUCUACGUGUGCAUCGUGGGGAACGUCCAUACCCUUGUACUGUAUGCAAGAAAUCCUUUUGUGACAUCAGUACUCUCAAUAAACAUCAGCGUGUGCAUCGUAAGGAAUGUUCGUAUUCUUGCAGCGUGUGCAAGAAAUCCUUUAGAGACAACAGCAAUCUUAACAGACAUCAGCGUUUGCAUAAUGAAGAACACCUGUUUCAUUGUGCUGUGUGUAAGAAGUCGUUUAGUGAUAACAGUAAUCUGAGUAGACAUGUGCGCGUGCAUAAUGGGGAACGUCCAUAUCUUUGCACUGUGUGUAAUAAAUCCUUUAGUGACAACAGUAACUUAAGUAGACAUCUGCGUAUGCAUAAUGGAGAACGUCCAUACCCAUGCAAUAUAUGUAAGAAAUCCUUUAGUCACCAGUGUAAUCUUGUUGAACAUAUGCGUGUGCAUAGUGGAGAACGUCCAUUUGUUUGCAAUGUGUGUAAGAAGGCUUUUAGUCACAGCAGUACUCUGAAUAAACAUCUGAAUGUGCAUAGUGGAAAACGUCCGUUCGUUUGCAACAUGUGUAAGAAGGCCUUCAGUCACAGCAGUACUCUCAGUAAACAUCUGCGUCUGCAUAGUGGAGAACGUCCGUUUGUUUGCAAUGUGUGCAAGAAGAAAACCUUUAGUCACAGCAGUACUCCCAGUAAGCAUCUGCGUCUGCAUAGUGGAGAACGUCCGUUUGUUUACAAUGUGUGCAAGAAGAUCUUUAGUCACAGCAGUACUCCCAGUAAGCAUCUGCAUCUGCAUAGUGGAGAACGUCCGUUUGUUUUCAAUGUGUGCAAGAAGACCUUUAGUCACAGCAGUGCUCUCAGUAAGCAUCUAUGUGUGCAUAGUGGAUAAUAUCUGUUCGUUUGCAGUGUGUGUAAGGAGACCUUUAGUCACAGCUGUACUUUCAGUAAGCAUCUACGUGUGCAGUAUGUAAGAAAUCUUUUAGUGCGCACAGUAAUCUGGAAAUGCAUCCACAUAUAAUGGAGGAAGUGGAUGCCAGUGUAAUAUCUGUGAGAAGUCUUUUCAGGAUAAGUAUAGUCUCAGUAUACUCUAUCAGUGGAGAACUCUUUUGCAAUGAGAUAUUUGUAAGAAAUACAUUAGUUUAAUUGGAGAACUCUUUUUAGAAUAAGAGUGUUUCAGUAUAUAUCAGUUGAGAACACUUUUGCAAUUAGACGUUUGUAAGAAAUAUAUUAGUUUACUUACUGAUCUUUAUCAAUAUAUAUACGUGGUAUGUUCAAAAAGUAUUGAACCUUCUUUUUUCCCACGUAAACCAAUGAAGCGC